GCUGUCUUUCGCAGGCGGGCGGCCGGGAUUAGCAACUAUCGCGAGAAGUACCCAAGGUCGAACCCGGCGGCGUCGGCGGCGUCGCCGCUUUGAUGCUGGCAAAACUUUCCAGCGCUGGGGUAAGAACGUUCUGACUACGGCGGCUGUAGGGGCAAAUAGUCAGUUUUAGUUGUGAGCCUGUUGGAAUAUUCUAUUAUUAAUGACAUGCCGACAGAGAUGGCAUCCCCAGACUCAAAUCACCCUGAUAUGACCUUUGUAGGCCCACAUGGAACUCAUCGAACUAUACACCAUGUUUCAUUUUCAGACUGCCAAAAUGGAUUAGGCAUUAAAAUUAUUGGAGGCUGUGAAGAUCAAUCCAAAGAAGAGUAUGGAAUUUUCAUAGAGGAGAUAUUACCUGAGAGGAUAGCUGCUACAGAUAAUCAGCUGUGUAUUGGAGAUUUGAUUUUAGAAGUGAAUGGCCAAAAAUUAUGUGGUGUAACUAAUGAAAGAGCUGCUGACAUGUUACAGAUGGCAUCGGCAACCAAUCAUGUGUCUUUGCUUAUUGCCCGAGAUGAAGAUGCAAAGAAAGAAUUUCUGGCCUUGAUGGAGAAGAACAGUUCACACAGUAACUCUAGGAGGAAUUCCCCAACGCAGCUCCUAACUGGUGUUGAUAGCUUUUCUUCAGGAGCAUCUUCAGUGAGUCCUUCACUAUUUCAUCCAAAGGACACUGUGACAAACCUCCCGGGAAGGCCUGCGGCGGUAACUUCCCUUCAAGCCAUCACAAAUGACAGCAUAUUUCAGAUUAUCAGUGUUUCCAAGGAAACGGGUCUGGGCCUGCAGAUUGUAGGAGGCAUCGACAAGAAUGAAGGGCCCUUGGUGUAUAUUCUGGCAGUUAUUCCUGGAGGGGACUGUCAUAAGGAUGGUCGAUUGAGACCUGGUGACCAGCUUGUAUCUGUUAAUGGGGAAUCAUUGAUUGGAAUCACCUAUGAAGAGGCAAGAAAUCUAAUCAACCAAACACAGCCGAGAUCAAAUACCUCCUGGGAGAUAACUUUCAUUCGACAUGAUUCUGGUUCUGACGAAGUGGAAAAUAUGCAUCCAUUCUCCAAUCUGCUAAAUUCAGAGAGAUGUGAACUACAGAAUGAUCUACCCAGCCCCAGUCCAACAUUGUCUUCUAAUGAGAAUGUUGCUGCCGAGAAAUCUGUCCUUAAUAUGAUGAAAACUGAAUUCAAGAAAGGAGAGCAAUUUUCUGCAUUUUCUACAGACAACAGUUCCAUUGAUGUAUCAGCUGGGGCUGUUAGCCCCUCUUGGAGAAUUGAUUAUGGACCACAAAGGAAGAUUUUCCUCAAUUCUUCAGUUCGCCUCAAAGCAGAUAAACUAGAGAUGGCUUUGAAGUAUCUUGGGAUUCAGCCUACAAAAGAAGAACAAGAAAUCCUAAGGCAGCAGCUACCAAGGGAUUCUGAAGGAACCGUCUGUUUUGGAGAUUUUAUUCAGGUGGCAAGAGAUUUAUUUUCUCAGCAGCUGGAUGAGACUGGUCAUAGCCCUGUACAUGAAAUUGCUAAAUUACUAGAUUCACAGCUUGUAUCUUGUGAUCAUGUGGAAAGACAUGAAAUGGAACAACUUAGAAAAGAGAAAAAUGAAGCUUUGAAAGAACUAUGUCAACUGAAGGAAGAAUUGGCAAAGUCAGAAUGUGUGAGAAAACAACUAGCUGAAGAGCUGCAGAUUACCAAACAAGAAGCCAAGGCAUCUGUGGAGGAGGCAAGAACCUUGCGAAGCAGAAUCCAUCUCGCAGAAGCGGCUCAAAAGCAAGCUCAUGGAAUGGAACUGGACUAUGAGGAAGUAAUCAGUUUGCUAGAGAUAGAAAUCACCAGGCUGAAGGCUCAGCUUGCUGAUCACAGUGGCCAAAAUAAAGAGAAUGUGCAAGAUUUAAGGAAGAGAGUUACUGUGCUUGAUUGUCAGUUAAGAAAAUCGGAAACAGCCAAGAAGACUUUUGAGGUGGCAACUGAAAAGUUGCUGGAAUUUGUUGAGACUAUACCUGAAAUGCUAUUGCAUGGCAGUAGUCCUCCAGUCACUUUAAGUGACAGGCAAGCCACAAUCUCUUCAAAAAUGCUCCUUGCACAUCUGGGACGGAAUGGCCACACUCUUGCGACAUCUCUUGCAAUAGAAGCCAAAGAACUUGCUAGAUCUGUCCGGGCUAUUCUAGAAGCAGAUUGUCUGCCUUAUGGGUGGGAAAAGGCAUAUACAGCAGAUGGAAUCAAAUACUUCAUCAACUUGCAGGGAGAAAGUCAGUGGGGAAGCCAGCAGGAAGUUGCAAGUCCAAGGCCAGCAGGCAGCCAUGUGACACAAACAACAUCCUGGAUCCAUCCUGUCACUAAUGUACUUGCCUUGUCAUGCUUGGAAGGGAACGAGGAUGAUGGUUUCAGAGAACUUCCGGAUCCCCAAACCUGAGACCAUAGAUGAAAGACAAUCUGCUUCCAACAGUUUAUUCAUCAACAGAAAUAAAUCAAAGCUUAGUUAUUGUUUCUAUACAACAGAUUUUUAGGAUAAACAAUUGCCCUCACAAGAUCAGUAUUAUACAGAAGAACCAGUUUCAUAUUCCAAGAGCUUAAUUUUAAUAUUGUUUAUGUCCUUCCCAUUACAAAUUCAUAUUCUUUGCAAAUCAACCAUAAAUAUCCUGCAUUCCUGAUAAUUAUUGCUGGUAACAGAUGAUGUCUGGCCCAAGAGCUGAAUUGUUUCCUAUUAUACUUUAUUCAAUAGUGCUGAGUCCCUCAAGCUAGUCCUACUAUGAGGUAGAUUUAAAAGACUAGAGUCAGAAAGUUUGGGGGUUAGGGUUAGGGUUACAAAAAUAGUUGCUGAUUUCGGGGUUUUGUUUUGCUGCUUUUGAGUCAGUGUUGAUCCUGAUGACACUUUUGACAAAUCCCUGAAGGUUUUUUUGGCAAGAUUUUGGAAGUGGCUCGCUUUUGCCUUCUUCCUAGGGCUGAGAGAGACUGGUCCAAAGUCACCCCACUGGCUUUGAGCCUAAGGCAGGACUAAAAUUCACAAUCUAGAUUUCUAGCCUUGUGCCUUCACCACUUCAUUAGGUUGGCUCUCCAGUUAUUUACUUAGCUAUUGCGUUUUUACUGGAAGAGGUAGGGGAGGGUGUCACUUAAAAAUAUACUUCCUAGGAUAUCUUUGAGGAAUUUCCAUUGGAGUUGGGUAACCCAGUCAGCACUAUUUGUUCUCCUAGAUUUAGAAAUAUCAGCCUAGCCAGUCUUUAUACCUGAUAGAGUAAGCUGUAGCUCACCAAAGCUUAUGGCAUUUAAUAAAAUAUAUUAGUCAGAAAAGUUGCUACCAGACUCUUUCUGACACUCUGCCACCAUAGACUAGCAUGGCUGUCUUCUUAAUGUCUCUACCAAAUUAAUGAUGUAUUUAUUGUGCAGCUCUUUAGUUCUAUACGUUUCCAAACAAUUAUCAAUUCCUAAAUGUAAGUAAUUAGCAGAGCAGUUUUAUCUUAUGCUCAGCUAUAGUAACAUUUCAGCAAUCUGGAGAUAUUUGGUUUUUUAAAAAACCUACUAAUUAAUAACUCUUCAGAAGUAGGUCGCUAUGUCCUGUGUACUUUUUUAUCCUAGCAUCAUAUUGCUGGCAGUAGUGGGUUCCACCUUCACUACCAUUUCAGAACCAGGAGCGCGCCUGCUUGCUUUGCUUACGCAUGGUGCUUCUACGCAUGUGCAGAACCUUCUGUGCAUGCGCAGAGCAUCCGUGAUGAUGUCCGGGCGGGUGGUUGGAGCCUCCUGCCACCACCACUACUGGUUCGCCCGAACCGGGGCAAACCAGUAGAAAUCCACCACUGAUUGCUGGUCAGAUAAGUUCCAGUCACUUCAUUUUUUUACUGACAUGUCAUGAAAGCAGAUUGUAUUAUGUUAAAAAGCAAAGUAUUUUCCAGCCUUGACUUAUUUUCUUUUAUAAGUUACAACAUGUAUUUCACUAUGUGGGCAAAUGCAAAUGGAAUAUGUAGUCUUGAGAUACAGUGCCUUAGCUGUUUGCAAGUAUUAGUAAUGUUCUUAAUAGUUUUUAUAACAAAAUUAGCCUAAUAUUUACCUUUUUUUAUUUCCCGUAUUCUUUUUCUUUUUGUACAUGAUUAUAAUAAGCUAAUGAGAGACAUUGUACUGACAUUGCAUUCAAUCUUAAUAGAUGAAUAAAUGAUAUUUCUUUCACGGUUUUAAAGUUUGAAGUAUUUAGUCUUCUCAAAGCUGUGACUAGUAAUCACAAGAACUGGAAAUUUUACUGUAGCAGAUUAUAGUAACUUGCUAGCUGUGGAUUAAGGGGCAUAUUCCAAAACACAUGCUUAACAAGCCAAAAUCAACCAAAAGUUAUUUAUAAAUUGGGAGAUUUAUCUGUUCCCAAAGUGUAUAGUACUUGAAUUCCCUUCGUCCUGUAUAUCCGUGUUCCCCAACUUUUCUGCCACUAGGGACUGGUUUCAGAAGAAAAAUUGUCUUCCGGGGGCUGGGGGAAUGAUUUUACGUACAACCUAGAUCCUGCACAUGUGCAGGUGAAAUUUCCUUCGCUCUCCUGCCACUUGCACAGACCAGUUCCUAACAAGUCACAGACUGGUACCAGUCUGCAGCCUGGGGG